AUGGCAUGGGGAAUGGAUGUUAUCGGGCCCAUUGAGCCAUCAGCUUCCAAUGGAUAUCGCUUCAUCUUGGUUGCCAUCAAUUACUUCACCAAAUGGGUGGAAGCAACUUCCCACAAGUUGGUAACCAAGAAAGUCGUGGCUGAUUUCGUUAAGAACAAUCUCAUAUGCCGCUUCGGUAUUCCCGAGUCCAUCAUCACGGACAAUAGAGCCAAUUUAAAUAGCCAUCUAAUGAAAGACAUCUGUGAGCAAUUCAAGAUAACUCACAGGAACUCUGCUGCUUACCGACCACAGAUGAACGGUGCUGUAGAAGCUGCCAACAAGAAUCUCAAGAGGAUCUUGCGAAAGAUGAUCGACAACUACAAGAAUUGGCACAAGCAGUUGUCGUAUGAUUUGUCGGGGUAUAGAACGACCACCCGAACGUCUACCGGGCAACUCCGUAUCUCCUUGUCUACGGCCACAGAAGCGGUCAUACUCGCGGAAGUGGAAAUCCCAUCAUUAAGGAUCAUCCAAGAAGCCGAGCUGAACGAUACAAAAUGGGUCAGAAACCGCUAUGAGCAACUGGCCAUGAUCGACGAGAAAAGAAUGGUGGCGAGUUGUUCCUACGUGCAUACCAUAGAUAAUGAGAAUGUCCCGAGCUUUCAACAAACGUGUCAGAGCCCAACUUUUCCAAAUUGGGCAAAUCUUACUCAAGCGAGUCUUCCCUCACCAAGAAGAAUACAAAGGAAAAUUUGUGCUGAACUGGCAAGGACCAUACAUGGUCAAGAAAGUACUCUAGGGAGGAGCCAUGUUCCUAGCUGA